AUGCGGUGGGCGUGGUUGGGCGUCCGUGCUGCGGCUGCGAGCAUCCCACGGGAUCGCGCCCUCCCUAGCUGCACCUGCUGUAGUUUUCGCCGGUUAUGCAGCGUUAGUCGUUUUGGUCCUUUUAGUGCUGCUGGUGGUGUGAGCGUUAUGCCCCUCGCGAAAGGGGCUUGUGACACGUCUCGGUUUGCUUCUGCAUUGCUUGUGGCGCGACGUGGCGCUGGCGUGGAGCUUCUCUCGUCGCUUUCCAAGCUCGGGCAUAGCCGCGACCUGGCGGAGGAUAUCAAAGCCGGUCGGAAGCGCACCAACAAGGAGAUUGUAGCGUCCUUUGAGAAGAUCCAGACCUUUGACGAGAUUCACUACCGCAAGACGAAUCGGCCCUGGGAGCUGGUGCCGAAGUACGCCAAGAAGCGGGUGACGGAUCUCUGCGGCCUGUUAACCUCAGAGGAUCGCAUGGAGAUUGAGCAGGCGAUCGACAAGAUGCAGGCGUUGUGCGAGGUCGACAUGUACGUGGUGCUGGUGCCGACUGUUGGCUACACCACCGUGAAGGCCUUUGCCAACUCCAUAAUGUUUGACUGGGGCAUAGGCGAGCCCACGGGGAAUGGCCUGCUGCUGGUUAUUGCCCAGCGCGAGGCGAGUGUACACCUUGUCGCAAGCUCUGCCAUUGAGGAGUACUUUGACACACAGUUUCUUGAGCCUGCGGUGCGGGAGAUAUUUCAACCGCUCGUACAGGAAGGGAAACCAAGCUAUGCGACGGUGCAGCUCGUGUACGCCAUUGCACGACAGGCGCAGGAAAUGCGGCCAUUGUGGCAGCGCGGUCUACUCUCCAUGCCUACCCGAAACAAGGUACGCUUCGCUGGCAAGACCCUGUCGUAUGGCCUCUACAUAGUUCCGUACCUUUUGUGGGGUUCCCUCUUAUUUCUCUUCUGCAGCGUGGUGCUGGUGAACCAGCUGCUUGACACGCUCUGCCCCAAGUGUCACGGUCUGAUGUCGCGUGUGCGGGAUGAUAAGACGAUGCAGGAUGUGAUGGCGCAUGGACAGUACUUAGAGCACGUCAAUGGGUGCGCCUUUUACCGUGUGUGGAAGUGUCCACAUUGCAAGGACGGCAGCCGAGUGGUGCUCACCUCACGCGAUCUGCACCAGAGCAACAGGUGCCUGCAGUGCAUGGACUGCCACUACUACACCUGUUCCCUGACGAAGGAGGUGCAGAAGCUGCCAACCAAGGAUGAGGAUGGCAUCAAGCAGCUCCUGUACACAUGCGAGAAUUGUCGCGUGGGCCGCGAGAUUCUUCUGCCGCUGUUUCGACCGUUAGAUACGAAUCCAGAAGACAAUUGGUACGACUUCCUCAUUGACCGCUCGCGGACACAUAAGAAGACGGGCAUCAAGCAGUGA